AUGCCCCAAACCCCCGUCCCUCCGCUUCCCGUUCCUCUGCCUCCCGUUCUGCUGCCAUCCAUUCUGCCGCCGCCCGUUCCUCUUCCUCUGCCGCCCGUUCCGCCUCUGCCUGAUCCUCUGCUGCCCAUUCUGCAAGAAUCGGACCCACCGCCUCCCAUUCAUCCACCUCCCACUCCUCUGCCUCCCAUUCCUCUUCCUCUGCUGCCCGUUCCGCCUUCGCACUUUCCUCUGCUGCCCAUUUUAAAACCAUCGGAGCCACCGCCGCCCAUUCACGCGCCUCCCAUUCCUCUUCAUCCCGUUUCGCCGUCGCCCGUUCCUCUUCCUGUGCCGCCCGUUCCACCUUCGCCCGGUCUUCUGCUGCUCAUUCUAAAACCAUUGGACCCACCGCCGCCCAUUCCUCUGCCGCCUAGUCCUCCGCCCCCGGUUCCUCUGCCAUCCACUUUGCCACCGCCCGUUCCUCUGCCCGCCCGUUCCUCUGCCGCCGAUUCCUCUGCCGCCCGCUUGUACCUCAAAGUUUCCAGCCGGGGAGCAGGGAGCAGGGAGCGGCAGCAGGUGGUAAGAGGAGAGGAGGGGGUAGAGGCGGUGAGUGCUGGAGGAACCACGAGCCUGUGGGACGGGCAGGGGAUCGCUUUUAUCAAAUGGGAGGAAGCAGGCGGGGGAAUGGCUGCUGCAGAAACGGCCAGGCGACGGAGAGAUGAGGAUGACUUUGGGAGGGUGGGAGGAUGGGAGGGUGGGAGGCUCAGAGGCUUGGAGGGAUGGGAAGGUGGGACGGAGGCUGGGGUGUCGUUAGGGCAGUUCGGUUGUCACGCAUCGCGAGUGAGACUCUCACUUGGAGCGACCGGGAACGUGCGGCGUCGUGACGAUGGCAAAUUAGGGCAGACCUUCUUGGGGAAGCUGUGCACGGCGGAGCUGCGCACGGCGGAGCUGCGCACGGCUGCGCGUGGCACGGCGGAGCUCGGGUCCCGGGGCUGGACAGAGGUCCUGCAGGUGAGUCCUGUUGUUGGAGCUCUCAUGCAGUCGCGAGCAGUGCUCGCAGGUGGGCAUGCUAGAGAGGAGGUAGAUGGGCAAGGACAAGAUACGAGCACAUACGAGAUCUACCUGCUGCUGCCCGGGGAGGACAAGGACACGUGCCAGUCGUACCUGCGCAUGCGCAACCGGGAUGGCCGCUACUCACUCAUGUUCGAGGUGCGUGUUGGGGAAUGA